CGAUCCCUUCGUCGUUGCAAACAGUUUCAGCACGCUAUCGAUCUUAAUACAGAAUCGACUUGGCGAGUGACUUCUACGAUGAUACGCGAUAGAUGCGGAUAUGUGUGGUGCGAUACUGUGGCGGAUGGUGUAGAUUUUUAACGCUCGGCUAAUUUGGAAAUGCGCGAAGUGUUCGUAAACUGCAGUACGAAACGUUAGCACGGAGCGUUUGACAGCGCAAAGGCUCAUUGUCCCACCUUGAGGUGUUCCGUCGCGAGCGGUGUGAUACGGUGAGAAAAUUGAAUGUAGCAUGCCGCAGUUUCACAAAGUCGAGAUAAACAGGACCGAAUGGGAGGUCCCGGAACGGUAUCAAAUGCUUACACCAGUAGGAUCAGGAGCCUACGGCCAAGUCUGUUCAGCGGUUGAUACAAGAACUGGACAGAAGGUAGCGAUAAAAAAGCUAGCCAGACCAUUUCAGUCAGCCGUACAUGCAAAACGCACGUACAGGGAACUUCGUAUGUUGAAACAUAUGAAUCACGAAAAUGUAAUCGGUUUGCUAGAUGUGUUUCAUCCAAAUUCUUCUCUAGAACAUUUUCAGCAAGUAUAUUUAGUUACGCAUCUGAUGGGUGCUGAUCUCAAUAAUAUUGUAAGAACACAAAAACUUUCGGACGAUCAUGUACAGUUUCUUGUUUAUCAAAUCCUUCGUGGUCUCAAAUAUAUUCAUUCUGCGGGUAUAAUACACAGGGAUUUGAAACCUUCUAACAUAGCGGUGAAUGAGGAUUGCGAGCUGAAAAUUUUGGACUUUGGAUUAGCCAGACCUACAGAAAAUGAAAUGACUGGCUAUGUUGCUACGAGAUGGUACAGAGCACCUGAAAUUAUGCUCAAUUGGAUGCAUUAUAAUCAAACAGUUGAUAUAUGGUCUGUUGGAUGUAUAAUGGCCGAACUUUUAACUGGGAGAACAUUAUUUCCAGGAACAGAUCACAUUGAUCACCUAACACGAGUUUUAGUACUCUGUGGUACACCCACAGAGGAAACUUUAAGCAAAAUUACCAGCCAAGAGGCAAGAAAUUACAUACAAAGUUUACCUCCGUUAAAAAAGAAGAAUUUCAAAGAAGUUUUUCGCGGGGCCAAUCCUUUAGCUAUAGAUUUACUUGAAUUAAUGUUAGAACUGGAUGCAGAGAAACGAAUUACAGCAGAAAAAGCUUUAGCUCAUCCAUAUCUGGCACAGUAUGCUGAUCCAACUGAUGAACCAGUAUCUUUCCCAUAUGAUCAGAGUUUUGAAGAUAUGGAUUUACCUGUUGAAAAAUGGAAAGAGCUUGUUUAUCAUGAAGUUAUAAAUUUUUUACCUCAACAAUUACCUACAAUAGUUCCGACGAUUGAGUCUACUUCGUAAGAUUACACCGAUAGUAUAAAUAACACAUAAGAUAAGUAAGAUAAUACAGUAAGAUAAUCUUAACGAUGAAUAAUUAUAAAAAAUACGUUAUAUACAAAGUGUAGUUCAUUGUAUAUAAUAUAGUGUUACAUAAGUAAUGUUAAUUAUACAAAUUUAUUGGUAUUUGAGUCAAAAUGUAUAUUUUUGUUAAUGACGUAACGAUACAAGAAAGUGCUAAUAUUUUUCACACCAAGCAUAAGUUUUAGAGUGUAAAGUCACCAAAUAUGUGACAAAUAUUUACAUUCAUGAUUUUGUAUGAAUGUUUCUGUUAUAUGUUCACGAGUUUCGAUACUUUGAAGCUACAAUUGAAAGCACGCGUUAAUAGUCUAAAAUUUUAUUCAGAAUCUGAAGCAAUAUUCUUUAUAAAAAAAAAAACCAAAAAACGAAGUACGUAAUAUAAAGGACAACAGUUCUCCAAUAAAAAUAAAUUCUUACCAGUAGCCUACGAAAUAGCUUCAAAGUAUUAGAUUUUGUUUCGUACGCUGUUGGUUCUAGUCUGCAACAGAGAACAUAAUGUAUCGAAUUUAUCGUUAAAAAUUCGUAUUUUACACACACAGAAGUAAUUUAAAAUAAUUUAAUCAGUAAUAUCCUGUUAUAAUGAUGCUUUUAACAACAAACGUGGCUGAAUAAAUUUUUUGAUCUUUG